AUGGUCAGAAAACAUGGCUGGCAAUUACCCGCACACACUUUUCAGGUUGUUGCAAUCACUGUAUUCUGCUUGUUGGUGAUUGCUUUCUAUGCUUUCCUUGCACCGUUUGUUGGAGGUCAUAUAUGGGAAUACACCUUUAUUGGUGUCUACUCUCCUGUGGCACUCAUUGUUUUCAUUCUUUAUGCUAGAUGUACUGCAAUUAACCCUGCAGAUCCUGGCAUUAUGUCUAAAUUUGACCCUAGAGUGCGAAAUACGUUCAAUCCUGCCCAUGGGUUGUUGGGUAAGCAUCAAUCUUCUGAACGCGGUGAUGUUGCUGCAGGAGAGCAUUCCUCCCUGUCAUCUGCUGCUUCCAAAAGGUCUAUGACAAAUAUGAGCAAGAAAAGUUCAGUGGAAGAUCCUGACAGACUAGAUGAUUUGAGAAAUCAGUAUAAACCAAGCUCAUGUGAUGUAAUUGGGGGAAUUUGCUGCAUAUUAUUUUCUCAUGAAGAUUGCCGGAAGCAGGAAACAGCUGAUGAGCAGGGUGGUGGGGAAGAUGCUCUGUUCUGCACUUUGUGCAAUUCUGAGGUGCGCAAGUUCAGUAAACAUUGUAGAAGUUGUGAUAAAUGUGUUGAUGGCUUUGAUCACCAUUGUCGGUGGCUUAACAACUGUGUGGGUCAGAAAAAUUACCAUUCUUUUAUUUCUCUAAUGGCCUUUAGUCUUACAUGGCUUGUUAUUGAAGCUGGAGUCGGUAUUGCUGUUUUAGUACGUUUCUUUGUUAACAAGAGAGGAAUGGAAUCUGAAAUCAUUGAUAGGCUUGGAAAUGGAUUCUCUCGUCCCCCGUUUGCUGCAGUUGUGGUUGUAUGUACUGCAGUUUCUGUCUUGGCUUGUGUGCCUUUGGGUGAGCUUUUCUUUUUCCACAUGAUCCUAAUCAGGAAGGGUAUCACAACAUACGAGUAUGUUGUAGCAAUGAGAGCCAUGAGUGAAGCACCUCCAGGGCCAUCUGUGGAUGGGGAUUUGCCAAAUAUACUUUACUCUCCAACAGGCUCAGCCACAACUGGAUUGAGUGGAGGAAGUUCUCUUGGAUUGCAGUACAAAGGGGCAUGGUGUACCCCUCCUAGGGUAUUUGUGGACUAUCAGGAUGAAGUUGUGCCUCACUUGGAGCCCGGAAUGCUGCCAUCAACUGUUGAUCCAGAUGCAGCUGGGUUUGCAGAAAGAGGGCAAAAGAUGCCAAAAAGACCUGUUCGUAUUAGUGCUUGGAAGCUUGCUAAAUUGGAUUCUCAAGAGGCAGUGAGAGCAGCGGCUAAAGCCAGGGCAUCUUCUUCAGUUUUGCGACCUGUAGAUAGCCACCGUCCACCUGAUGCAGAAUUAAGUUCUAGUGGAAACAUGAGCAUCAGAAGUAGUAUGAGCAUAGAUACUGGAAAUAAUAAGGAAGUAAACAAGUUAAGAUUGUCUCCAGUGAGGAAUUUGAUUGCUCCUAGUCAAGGAAGCCGCGACGAGUAUGAAACUGGAACUCAAAGUAUGAGUAGUUUCAGUAGUCCAAGCCAUGCUCAAGAGGCAGUUACACUCAGCCCUCUUCCCCAGGGGCGUACUUUGGGUGGCUUCAGGGCCGGUAUUUCAGUUCCUAGUUUGGUGCCUGAGCGUCCUUUAACUUCUAAAGCAACUUUGCCAAACUUCAGGAACCCAAUAUCCAAUCCAUCUCUUGGAUUUGAUGCAACAAUGAUGCUGAAGGGAGCAAGUAACGAUCCGUUAUUGCUUUCAGCUUCCAGCACGUCCAUUCUAAGAGAUGUGAAACGGACAUCAGUUGUUUGGGAUCAAGAAGCCGGCAGAUAUAUCUCUGUUCCUUCAUUGCCUUCAGAAGCUCGAAAUAGGUCAUCUCUGCAAAUAGAAGUGCCAAAUUUAAAUACUGAAACAAGCAGUAUUGGAAGGAAACCAGUGAUACCUCCACAGGAACCGGCGUCAUCUGCACCUAAAUCUCCAAGGCAGCAUGCACAGAAUCUGACGUAUACAGGAGAGUCUAUCUUUUUCGGUGGUCCAUUUUUGAGCGUGGCUGCUAAAGAUGGUUUGAAAAAUGAAAGGCAUUUGGGAUCAGUAGAGGCCCAUGAUAGUGUAGCAGUAAACUUACCCCAAGAGCCAAGAUAUAGAAGAGAUUCACAUUCAAACCAACUUCCAGUGUUUGUUCCUGGUGGUUUUGAUAAUGCUCUUCAACCUCGGUCCGGCAUGAAUUAG